UGUGUGUCAAUGCACGGAAACACACUGUUGCUGUAGAAUUGUGAGGCUGAUCUCUGCAUCUCAACGUGGACUAAAUCUACUUUAAUACUAGCUAAUCGAUCUUAACAAUAUUAACAACGUAUAGAAGUAUACAACGCUAAUUGUGAAAUUUCUUUCUGUGAAGUCAGACUCUGCUACCGCUYCGAGAGAGUUCAAAAACAACUCAUUCGGCAUCAUCGUGGUGUGAGUUUGGUUAGAGUACUACAGACUUUGCAGCAGCCGAGGUUAAUUUAGUGGUGUACAAGAAUACUUCCAUCACUGUCCAUCAACCCAGAGGUUAAAAAGCUCAUAUCUAUGAUCAUAAUGGAUCGGCUUCCAAAGAAAGCGUUGAUGAUAGCACCAUCGUAUUAUGAAUUGCCUGAAAAUCUAUGGCUGACAGGCACUGAGAGAGACAUCGAGGCUAUGAAGAAGGUUUUAAAAGAAAAAUGCGAUUUUGAAGACAGAGAAAUCAGGGUUUUACAAGGUGAUGAAGCGACGAAAAUUAAUAUUCUCAAAGUGUUGGAUGAUUUUACCCGUUCAUGUGAAGAGAGAAGUGUGCUGCUUGUAUAUUAUUCUGGUCAUGGAGUAUACCUACAAGACUCACAUGACGAGGGGAUCUUCCCUACAAUCCGCAAAGACGAAUGGCCAAUAACACGACCAAAAGAAGAAGUCUGUAUAACCGGAAGUGAUUUGUGUCCUUUCUUUGACAAAUUAUCCAGAAGAGCUGUCCGUUGUACCGUAAUAUUCGACUGCUGUCAUUCUGGACAGCUGUAUCGCGUCACUGAUUUCAAUGAAACUAAUUUAAAGCCAAGGCAGAUCAUUCUAAGAGACGAACCAGCUCAAUCAACACGCAAACUUARACGCUACUUCAGUGUGUCGGAUCGAGGGGGAUGGACUCCCAGUGAAAAGGACUUUUUCUUUUAUUUCGCRGCAUGUACCACGGUACAGGUUGCACUAGAGGAGAUCAAUAAAGGAGGGCGGAUGACAAUGGCUAUUAUCGAAACUCUGAACAAACUAGAGUGUCUUGAUGAAGUCACUUAUGAUGCUUUCUUUAGACUUCUCAACAAAGAGUUCAAAGACAAGGGAUGGGAUAAUUGGCAGACGCCACAGUUCGAAGCAGUAAACUCCCAUACAGUCUUAUUUGGAGUCCGAAAAAUUACGACACAAGAAGGAGGGAUAGAAAUAACUGACGUUCUUAAUGAGAACGAAGUUGUUGUAUCUUCUGGAUACCUGCAGAACUUAAGAGCAGGAAGGUACAAUGUAUUCAGAACAACAGCAUCGAAGGACAGUGUCAACAAAGGAGAUGACUCAAAGGACUGGUUGGGGCACAUCGUUAUUAAUGAAGAACAGAUUGACACAACGCAGGCGGUUGGCUAUAUUUCUUAUCUCCGCCGUGAAUGUGAGAUGACUGUUGGCUGUCUUGCAUAUAUCGAUGAACCAGAGACGGUGAAUAACAGUGUGUACGUGUGUCCUGAACCAGGCUUGAUUCCAGAAGAAAAAGUGAAGUUUCUUAUAGAACACUUAAAGUCUACUCAGAUGUUGAAUGUGUCUAGAGCAAAGCCAACCAUUCCAAACGCUGACUUGAUUACCAUUAGCUGCGAGCACGUUAAAGGCUACGCAAGCUGGGUAGCUCGUCGAAGAGGUAAAGUYCUCACGCCAGCGAUCACUGCUGGGGCCGGCCGUGAAAGUGUCGUUGCUAAUAACUUACUGCGACAUAUAAGAUACAACCUUCUCAUGGAUGCGGCAAAACCUCCAGAUGAUAAUGAAGACUUGCUAGAAAAUGUUUCCCUGAAAYUCUUAAAGGUGGAAAAUGUCCAGGCAUAUACAAAACACACUAAGAAGGCGAGAAUCCGCGAAGCACUGAAUACUGGGAYUGACAUUACUAAUGUUACCGAUCGAAGAAUUAUUUUCAAGGCUCAUGAAUUUGACGAGAAAGGAAAAAUUAAAUUUGGCACCGGUGAUUGUUUCUUAUUCCAAGUCUCAAAUGACAAUGAGAGAAAGGAAGAUACCGUUCAUGUCUGUGUCAUGCUGUAUCAGUUUGAUGGAGCUGUUAAAGCUAUUUAUCCAAAGAAAUAUGGCAAAACGAUCGAGUUGAGAGGAUGCGAUACUGCAGAAGAYCUCUUUCCUGUUGUUAUCCCUAAGUACAGCCUACGAACCAUGUUGGAGCCAGACCUUGAUAAGGAUGAACCAAAUAUGGGCGUUGAUACUCUAGUGCUGUAUGCUAGUAAUAAAGCAGUGGAUUAUCGGCCUAUUGAACAGUCGUGUAUAAGGACAGACCCUGAAUUACUGCCCAGGGGCAGGGGCGAAGCAUGGCAUCCUUUAAGUAAUUUGGACGACUUUUUGAUGCUUAGGAAGAGACCAGUACCUGAUAAUGAACUGGAGCAAGACUGCAAGUACUUCAUUCAAAGAAUAGACAUCCCAAUUAGUAAAAYCUGGACCACGUGACCGUGUUUUUUUUAACCAUGCAGAACUAUUUUUAGUUUUUAGUCAUACAAAUGACUGUCGACAUACAAUUAUAUCGAUUUGUUUUAAUAGGCUAUAUUGAUAUGCUGCUCUAUAUUUCGUGGUAUACAAAUCAAUAGACUAUUGGUCUUUGUACGUACCAAA